UGGAUUUGACCUCUCCUCCUCUCCUCCAUUGCAAUGAGGACCAUCGUGUUUGUUUUGCUGGCCAUGGCUGUUGCUUGUAGCGCAGAAAAGAAAAUCGUUGGAGGUUAUGAGUGUCCACCCAACUCCCAGCCCUGGCAAGCAUACCUUACUUUUAAUGGCCAACGCUGGUGUGGAGGAUCACUGAUUAAAGAAAGAUGGGUUGUUUCUGCUGCUCACUGCAUGAAGCCAGCUUCUCAUCUUACUGUCCACCUGGGAGAGCACAAUGUGAACGUUGAAGAAGGCACAGAGCAGCGGAUCGGGGCAGAGAAAGUGAUUCCUCACCCGAAAUAUAACGAUUCUGCUUAUGACAAUGAUUUCAUGCUGAUCAAGCUGAAAGAGCCUGCCGUCUUCGACCAGUACGUGCAGCCAAUCUCUCUAGCAACCAGCUGCUCUUUUGCUGGGGAGCAGUGCUUGGUUUCUGGAUGGGGCAAUCAGAUUACCACUGGAGUUGACUAUGCUGACAAGCUGCAGUGUUUGGAUUUGCCUGUGCUGUCAAGGUCACAGUGUGAGAGUGCGUAUGGAUGGCAAAUCACUAAUAACAUGUUCUGUGCUGGAUUCAUGGAGGGAGGCCAAGACUCAUGUCAGGGUGAUUCUGGCGGUCCUGUGGUGUGUAAUGGGGAACUGCGAGGAGUUGUUUCCUGGGGUAAAGGCUGUGCUGAACAAUCCUAUCCUGGAGUUUAUGUUGAGGUGUGCCGCUACACUGACUGGACCAAAAAUGUCAUAGCUAACAACUAA